UGGCACAGUAGUUUUUCUGCCUAAGCAUGGAGUUCUUCCUGGUCCUGAUUGCCGUGCUCUCUAAUAUCCUGGCCCUGGAGGCCCAGGUUUUGGGGUCUUUAGCCGAGCCCAAGAGUCCUUAUUGCCAGCCCAAGUUGUGUUCCAAGGCAGUGAAGCACGUGGCUUGCGAAAAAUCCACCGCGGGCUUCUCCAGUUCCUGCUCUAUCGAGACCCUGAAGCUGGUGAACAUGACGGAGCACGUGGAUAAGAUCAUCAAGUUGCACAACGAGCGCCGCAACCGCCUGGCCAACGGAAAGGAGACCACCCUGCCUCGUGCCGCCCGCAUGGCGACCAUGCAGUGGAGCAACGAGCUGGCCGACUUGGCGGAGUUCAACGCCAAGAUGUGCAAGGCGCAGCAUGACGAAUGCCACAACACCCAGACCUUUCCCAACUCCGGCCAGAACAUCAUCGUCUUCAACAUGACUCACAACGUGGAGAACACGAUAAUGGAGCAACUGGUUCCGGAACUGCUCUCCCUGGGCGCCAAGACCUGGUGGUCCGAGUUCGAAAACAUGACCUCCGACUCUUUGGAGGUCUACUCCUGCGACUCGAAGGAGCAAAAAAUCUACCGACAUUUUGCGGUCAUGGCCGUGGAGGGCAACUCGCAUGUGGGCUGCGCCGCUUCCCAGUACUUGGUGCAGAACCUGACCCAGUUCCAGCUGACCUGCAACUACGCCCGGGCCCCGGUCUGUGGCCAGAAGGUCUACAGUUUCCGGCCGGUGGGCUGCAAGACGGGCCGCAACAGGAAGCACUCGGCCCUCUGCUCUCCCGAUGAGCAGUUUCUCUGAUUGCAGUGCAUCCCCGUGUACCCUGCCUAUCCUGCAUAUUCAAUCCUGCCGCCAAUAAAUAUCAUCCAGCCCAGCCAGACGAAACUCCAUCGAUAUCAAUAGCUCAGAAGCUUCGCAUGCAAAAUGCAAACAGAAUGCGACUCCAACGGAAUGGAAUUUGCGCCAAUUUCCUGUGACGAACUCGGCCCGAAGGUCCUGGUGGUCAGGAAGCAUCGCGGCGCAGACCAAUUACCUGCACAAAAGCGGCCACGCUGCAAAAUUUUUACACUGCGAAAAAUAAUAAAUUUAUUUAGAAAUUCAGUUCGAAUUUCAUGCGACAGGCAUUAUACUUAUUAUAAUUUGACAUUUUCAGCCAGUUUGUUAUUUAUUAAAAAGCAGAAGUCUAA